AUCUUUUUUUCAUUUUCCCCAAUUCCCCGUGCUGCCGAGGCGUCUGCCGUGUGCCUCUUCCUCGCUCUCCCCAUCCCCGACCACCGCCCCCGUCUUCGCCGGCCAUCUCAUCCGACGCCGGGGGCCAAACCCUAACCCAGUGCAACCGCGCCUCAACCGAUAUCCGCUCGCCUCCCCGCCCGAUCUCCUCUCCGGACGCGGGGCCGUGGGGCUGAGCCCGUGACGGAUGCCAGCGCCCCGCGGUUGCGCGCGCCGAGGCCGUGGAGGGCAGCGGCAGCGGAAUCCAGUCGCCGAGCCGCGAGCCGCGAGGUCUCCGGUUCUGUAGCAGCUGCGCCGCCGCCGCCGCCGCCGCGGUAGCAGCAGCAGCAGCAGCGCGAGGAGGAGCAGCAGGAGGGAGGGGGAGGCGAAGGGAUGGACGACUUCGACAGCGGCGGCCGGAGCGGGGACAAGGCAGGCGCCGGCGCGGGCGACGACGGGGGCGCCCCGCCGCUGCCCCAGACGGUACAAAUUGGAAAUUCACCAACCUAUAAGCUUGAAAGGAAGCUUGGAAAGGGAGGAUUUGGACAAGUAUAUGUUGGUCGACGUAUUUCUGCCCCUCGUCUCAGUGAUCGGAGCCCUGGUUCAAAUGCUUUAGAGGUUGCGCUGAAAUUUGAACAUCAAACCAGCAAAGGUUGCAACUAUGGAGCUCCUUAUGAGUGGCAAGUUUACAACACCCUUAGUGGAAACCAUGGUGUCCCACGGGUACACUACAAAGGAAAGCAGGCUGAGUUUUACAUCAUGGUUAUGGAUAUGCUGGGACCAAGCCUAUGGGAUGUUUGGAAUAACAAUUCCCACUCAAUGUCUGUUGAAAUGGUUGCUUGCAUAGGCAUAGAGGCAAUCUCCAUACUGGAGAAGAUGCACUCUAAAGGGUAUGUCCAUGGUGAUGUGAAACCUGAGAACUUCUUGCUUGGUCCUCCUGGUACCCCAGAUGAGAAGAAGCUUUUUCUUGUUGACCUUGGACUGGCAACUAAAUGGAAGGAUGCUGGUUCGGGGCACCAUGUCGAAUAUGAUCAGAGACCUGAUAUCUUUAGGGGUACUGUUCGCUAUGCUAGUGUGCAUGCCCACUUGGGAAGAACUGGGAGCAGGAGAGAUGACCUUGAAUCCCUCGCAUACACACUUAUCUUUCUUCUCCGUGGUCGCCUCCCUUGGCAAGGAUACCAGGGAGAGAACAAAGGUUUUCUUGUCUGCAAGAAAAAGAUGGCGACAUCCCCAGAGUCUCUGUGUGGAAUUUGCCCACAACCUUUCCGGCAUUUUGUUGAGUAUGUCGUGAACUUGAAAUUUGACGAAGAACCAAACUAUGCGAAGUGCAUUUCUCUUUUUGAUGGCAUUGUUGGCCCAAAUCCAGACAUAAGACCGAUAAACACAGACGGUGCUCAGAAGCUAGUAUACCAGGUUGGCCAGAAGAGAGGCCGCUUAAUAGUGGAUGAAAAUGAUGAUGAGCAACCUAAGAAGAAGAUCAGAAUGGGGAUGCCAGCAACUCAGUGGAUUAGCGUGUACAAUGCCCGUCGACCUAUGAAACAGAGGUACCACUACAAUGUAGCUGAUAAUAGAUUACUACAGCAUAUUCAAAAGGGAAAUGAAGAUGGCUUGUUUAUUAGUUCAGUUGCCUCAUGCUCAAAUCUGUGGGCUUUGAUUAUGGAUGCUGGAACUGGUUUUACAUCUCAAGUAUACGAACUCUCUCAUCACUUUCUUCACAAGGAAUGGAUAAUGGAGCAGUGGGAGAGAAAUUUCUAUAUCACUGCACUGGCCGGUGCAAAUAAUGGCAGCUCUCUGGUGAUCAUGUCAAGAGGAACGCAAUAUGCGCAGCAGUCCUACAAAGUAAGCGAUUCAUUUCCCUUCAAAUGGAUAAACAAAAAAUGGAAGGAGGGCUUUUAUGUUACUGCUAUGGCAACGGCUGGGAGCCGAUGGGCAGUUGUCAUGUCCCGCAAUGCUGGUUUCAGUGCUCAGGUAGUGGAGCUUGACUUCUUAUAUCCAAGUGAGGGCAUCCACAUGCGUUGGGACAAUGGUUAUCGCAUCACCGCAACGGCUGCCACGUGGGACCAGGCGGCCUUUAUCUUGAGUGUCCCUAGGAGAAAGCCUACUGAUGAAACGCAGGAGACCCUGAGAACAUCUGCUUUCCCCAGCCAGCAUGUGAAGGAUAAAUGGUCCAAGAACCUCUACCUUGCUUCCAUUUGCUAUGGAAGAUCCGUAUCGUGAUGCCUGUUUUCUCAAGUAAGAUAUACUAAUAUGAACCACAGGUGGUUCUAUGAUAAGAGAUGGGGGAUUUUGAAGCUCAAAACUUUUGCUAACCUACUUACCCGCAGCUAACAAAAGGUAACCUAUAUGAGAAAGUAAAGCUGGUUAUGUUUGGCUAGCAUGCAGCAAAGAACAGUGUGGUCUGUUUUUUUUUUCGGUUGUGUAUAAAUUAUCCAAAGCAUUAGAGUAUGUUGUAAAGAAUGUAGGUGUACUUGCUGAAUCGUUGCCAUGUACAGAAAGUUAGCUUUUAAAGGUUGUUUGGCUCCCAAGUCC